GGUCCGCACAAAUCCAAUGCCUGAGAAUCUUUCUUUCAGAACGAAAUGUUGCUAGCUAGUUAAAUUAAUCAGAUGGCCACGUGUUUUUUUUUUUAAAACUCUGUGACAAGUAAGUUAGGUCGGUAACUAUUUGGGUAGCUGGUGUGCUCUAGCUGAUUCUGCUAAACAAAGUUAAAUAGACAUUGCGAGUGAUUUUUAUUAGCUAGCUAGUUAGCAUCUCCUGUACACAGCGCUGGUUAUAUGUAGGGAAAAUGCCGCUAGGUUUAAAACCUUGCUGUGCAGUUUGUAAGACAAACACGUCUUCCAUGUGGAAGAAAGGAAGUCAGGGAGAGAUUCUGUGCAAUAACUGUACAGCGAAAAGUUCCAUCAGCGGAGGGACAGGACCAUCGGCCUCCUCCAACACGCAGCAGAAUAAUGGCGGCGCUAAGCAGUCGAAGCAGGAGAUUCACCGGCGGUCAGCACGCUUGAGAAGCACUAAGUAUAAGGCACCUGCCUCGGAGAAAAAGGUAUCUACGAAAGGAAAAGGGAGAAGACACAUCUUCAAGCUGAAAAAUCCAAUCAAAGCUCCAGAAUCAGUAUCUACAAUCAUCACGUCAGAGUCCCUUUUUUACAAGGGAGUUUACUUCCAAAUAGGUGAUGUUAUCAAAGUAACAGACGAGGAGGACGGAAAGCCGUACUAUGCCCAGAUUCGAGGCUUCGUGCAAGACCAAUACUGUGAGAAGAGCGCUGCUCUGACCUGGCUAAUACCAACGCAAGCCAGUCCCAAAGACCACUUUGACCCGGGCACUUUCAUCGUAGGCCCAGAGGAGGAUCUUCCAAGGAAGAUGGAGUACCUGGAAUUUGUGUGCCAUGCCCCCUCUGAGUAUUUCAAGUCUAGGAGCUGUCCAUUCCCCACCAUUCCUAUCCGUCCAGAAAAAGGCUACAUUUGGACUCAUAUCGGACCCACGCCAGCAGUCGCAUUUAAGGAAUCUGUUGGUGGCAGUAAUUAGCCUAGUAAGCGUUGACGCUACAGGCUAUGCCCAUUCAUGUGAACUGUUGGAUAAAGGACCAUUAUAUGUAACAUAAGUAAACCAAAUUUGGUGUCUUCUGUUGGAUUUAAAGAAGUAAAUUAGGUUUUGUAUGUUGAGUGUCAUACUCCCUCUUUACUAAGUAUUCACAUCUGAAGCUCUGAAAGAAUUGGUUAAGAGACAUGCACUCUUCAUUUUGUACAGAGGAAUAUAUUACCAAACUGACUCCAGAUUUCCUUGUUCCCUUAGUCCGGUCAAAUCAGCUUUUACCAGAACCCGGAUUCAUUUUCCAGCACGCAUUAAAAUGAAAAGGUUAAGGAUAAAAAUGUGGUGCUGUAAACGUGUCCAGGGCCUUACUAGUAUGUGGUUGUAAUUUGUAAGUAAAAUGUCUGAAGGUUCCUUCACAGGAAGGCUGUUUACUAUAAUAGUCCAGUGGUGCAGUUUUCAUGAUUUAACUCCCGUAAUGAGGGGUGACAGACUUGAGAUGAAGGCUAAUUAUUUAGUUUCAGUAGGAUGAGGAUAGACUGGAUUUAUAGGUGGAUUUGUAGCUGUAACCUUCUUAGUUUUAUCUGGAAAGAGGGUUGGCACAUCGUCUUAAUGUUGGAAUACUGCAUAUUCAUUAUUAAAUGUUCAUUCAUGCUCAGCCAUGGGUUUUUAACAG